AGCCUGAGGAUACGAGCUGAGCCACUCAAACUCUCCUGUUGAAGCACAGAAGGAGGACUGAGAGAUCUUUACGUCACAGAAACAGGCUGGACCCAGGCUUUAUCUCACAGAUUCUCCAGCUGUUGACCCUUGUUUUAUACUAUUGGGCCCCUGUUUGUCGCUUCCUGUCUGGCUUUACUGAGCGAUGAAGAUCCCUCUGUGGUACCUGGCGGUGCUGCUGGCGUGUCUCUUCACCCCUGGACGCAGUGACUGCCCGGGGGACUGCGUGGCCUGCGGUCUGCUCCUGGAGCAGCAGCAGCUGCAGCAAGCCUUCAACACCAUGGUGUGCUUGCUGGAGUGUGAGGGUCACGUCUCUGCUUCGAUCACAUGGGAGGUCUGUAAACGUGCUGUCAAGCUAUCGCACCAUCCCACACUUUCCGAGGUAGGCGCUCUGUUCAAGAGAACCGGAGAGGAGCUGGAGUUGACCUCUCUUGACCUGAACUCGGACAGUGAACUGCUGCAGUCUGCAACCGCAGAGCACUUCCAGGAGGGGGAGCAGGAGGAGGCCCCCUUUGAGCAGCGCAGUGCCCAGUAUGACUCAUCACUGCUGGAAUCCUCCGAGGAGGGGGAGGGCCUGCAGGGCCUGGAUCUCAGUCUGGAAGAGAGGAAGCAGAGGAAUGUGGAGAGUGACAGCCAGCUAGAAGUGGAAGAAGAUGACGGCUCGGAGGCCAUCACCUUAUCCAAACGCUUUGGUGGCUUUCAGAGGGGGCGCCAUGGAUACAGGAAGCUGAUUGGCUCGCCCAUUAGGCCCCUACAAAAGCGCUACGGCGGGUUCAUAGGUGUCCGCAAAUCAGCCCGUAAAUGGAACAGUCAGAAACGUGUGAACCAGCUGCUCAGGCAGUACCUGGGCAUGAGGAGCAGCCGCAGUGGCCGGCUCACCAACAACCCUGUAACUCGGGUGUGGAGGCAAAACAAACUGUAAUGUAUUUCUGUUGCUCUCACUACCCCAGUUACCUCGACCAAUCAUGUUUCCAGCAGCUCACUCCAAUUUGAAGUGUGACGUCACCAACAGACUCCGCCAUCUCGCUGCACCUCUCUCUGUGUCUCUCAGUAAUGAGGAAUGUUUUGACCUUGAUGUCCUUCUUAUUAAGCAUAUUUUCAUGCCAUUAUGUGAAAUAAAAAUAAUUAGAGAAGUUCAAUUGAAUAUAUUUUUGUGUGUUGGUGUAAUAAAAGGGGCCAAAUGAGAUCGGAAAACAGGUUCACUGCAAGCUUAUCACCAGACGUGAGCCUGAGGGUGUGACAUUUAAAGUCAUGUUUAAUGCACUUUCAUCAAUGUGUGGAUGGGACUGAAGUAGCUUCAGUUUUUUUUUUGCACUCUGUAGUUUGUUACAAAUGUCCAGCUCUCAUGUAAUAGACUUAAUUUUGCUACAUAUGUGUCCUUUUAAAAUGAAAUGGACCAAUUGGACCAGCACGGUGCUUUCAAGAUGGUUCCAUCAGACGGUUGGACAGUGCUAGCACAAACUAUUAAUUACUAGUUAAAGAAUCUAAUUUUCUGCGUGAGGAACAUAAUUAAUUAAACACAACAGAGGUGAAAUUGGUUUUCUGAAAGCACCAAAGCUCAGCAUCUCCCCUGAAAGAAAAAAAGCCUUGUUCUCAUUGCUGAGUAUUGGCAAAAACACGUCUUUGUCCUUUCUAAUGUAUUCUGAUUUUGGCCAUUUAUCCGGGGUUAUUAAACUGCAAGCGAUGAUUUUCUCUUACAGGAAUGAGCAGCAGGUUGUCAGGCUCCAUGAGGUUCUCUAAAUGGAACAACACUGUCCUCUAGUGUUUGAGGAACAAACAUGAUGCCUUUGGAUUCUGACUGGGGAUCAGUUUUGCCGCGUUCUCAGCUAAAUUGUAUGCCAUUUUGGAUUUGUCUGCGGUUAUAGUAAAUUAGGAUAUUACCAUAAUAUGUCAAACAUUACAUGUCACAGUCAAAUUUAGAGAUCAGAAAAUCAAAAAUAGAAAAUAGAAAUUCCAGUUUUGUAAUCCUUCAUUCUCUGAGUAGGCUAUUAAUAGUUUCUGUAUGAAAGAUAACGGAUUAGACACAAAUAUUGUUGCAUUUUUAAAAGAUUCUUUGGAGCCCCCAUUGACUUAAAACUUGAACAUUUGAACACCCUUCCUCGAACUAAAAUUGAAUGUGCAUCAUUCAUUUAACUAUUAAACAUAACUAAAUGUCACCCAUAACCUGUAUCUGAAUAGAAUAGUACAGUUUUACUAUGACCAUAAAUAUUCAAAUUUAAAAAAGUUUGAUUAAGGUUGAAUAUUACUGCCACUCAAUUUAAAAAAGCAAUACUGUCUUAAUAUACAAAGGCGUAAGAAGCCUGUAGUAGCAUGUUCUCCCUGCAGCCAAAUUACAAAUAUGAGUUAUAUUAUAAUUUUCGUAUGGUUCCUAAUUCACCCUGCAAUUAUAGAAAUUAGGCAGUUAAAGUCUUGUUAAGGCGUAACUCAGGACCAAGGAGAAACUAAUUCCCAGUCAGUUUUCAAACAUUACUCCACCCAAGGUUAUUUGCACAGCUGUUAAUGACACUGUAGUCCAAUUAUACCUAAGUGCAUGAAGCACUGGGUGUGUGUCGCACGUUAGGAUGGUAAAGGAGGUGAAACCAGCUCUGAAAACCAUCGUCUUAAUAAACCAUUCAAGAGCAGAGAGAUGAAAUGAACUUUGCAUGUCAGAUGGGAUCAUUAUUUUAAGGAAUAUGUUUCUGCCUGGGUGAAAAAGUGUUUUUUCCUGAAAGAUCUUUACCCCACUUGUAGCUCACAGUCAUUAUUUUGCAUCUUAAUAGUAUUUAUUAAUGUUUGACUAUGAGGUGUAAUGCCUAUGGGUGUGUGGGUGAUCGCAAAGUGUGUGACUGUGCACAUGCAUGUGUGCAUUUCUCUGUCUAUCCGACACUCAAAAAAUUGAAUUUGUGAAUACAGUGUACAUUUCAGACGACAUUUCUAACAUUAUACCAUUGUUCUAAGUCUUCAUACAAAAUGUGUAUAGAGAAAACUACAAUAAAAUAGUUUGCUAUUUCUUUUGUGGACUGUCAUGGAGAAGAAAAAAAUA